AUGGGACAUAUUUCAUCUGCGUUCAAUAGGUUGGCAAAGUCCUUCGCAACGAAGAAAGGUGGGAGUUCGGAUGGAUGCAACGGAAGAGAAGCUGCGGAAGCAAUGGCAAAGGAAGCCAAAAAAAAUCACUUCAUAUUGCAUAGCUCCGGCACCAUUAAUGUUGAUGGUUCAAACAACUCUGUCUCACUUUUCUCCAAAAAAGGCAAGAAAGGGGUCAAUCAGGAUUGCUGCGUAGUGUGGGAAGAAUUUGGGUGCCAAGAGGACAUGAUCUUCUGUGGGAUUUUUGACGGGCACGGGCCAUGGGGUCACUUCGUGGCUAAAAGAGUAAGAAAGUCAAUGCCACCAUCUUUGCUAUGCAACUGGCAGGAGACACUUUCUCAAACUGCACUUGAUCCAGAUGUUGAUGUUGAUAUAGAGACAGAGAAAAAGCAACACCGGUUUAAUAUAUGGAAGCACUCUUACUUGAAGACUUGUGCUGCCAUUGAUCGAGAACUAAAGCAGAAUCGCAAGAUAGAUUCAUUUUUCAGCGGAACAACUGCCUUGUCCAUUGUGAGACAGGGUGAACUCAUAGUAAUUGCAAACGUUGGUGACUCUCGUGCUGUAUUAGCCACAGCAUCAGAUGAUGGAAAUUUAGUAGCAGUUCAGUUGACUGUAGAUUUCAAGCCCAAUUUACCUCAGGAAGCAGAGAGAAUACUGGAGUGCCAAGGACGAGUGUUCUGCUUAGAAGACGAGCCCGGGGUGCACAGGGUGUGGUUGCCGGAUGAGGAGUCUCCAGGACUUGCCAUGUCAAGGGCUUUUGGUGACUACUGCGUCAAAGAGUAUGGUCUUAUAUCAGUCCCUGAGGUAACACACAGGAACAUAACCAGCAAAGACCAGUUUGUUGUGCUAGCCACUGAUGGGGUGUGGGAUGUAAUCUCUAAUCAAGAAGCAGUGGACAUUGUGUGUUCAACGGCAGACAGAACAGAUUCUGCCAAACAUUUGGUGGAGUGUGCAAUGCGUGCAUGGAAACGCAAGAGGAGGGGCAUUGCAAUGGAUGAUAUUUCAGCUAUUUGUCUCUUCUUUCACUCUUCACCGUCACUUGACCAAGUUGAUGCCACCCUAGAAUAG